AUGGUGAAGGAAAAACAACAACAACUUGGGGAUGGUUUCGUCUACCUGUCAGAGUUCUGCAAGGCCUCACAGUUCCUCGGUUUGAGCCUGCCAGGGGGCCGUUUGGUUGGUUUGCUGUUGCUCGUUCCCUGGUUGCCUGUCUUGGGCAGGCACCUCUCUGAUGUCUCUGUGUUUACGUGUCAGGUCACUCUGCUGAUUGCCUUCAUCUGCGUGCGGAGCUCUGUGUGGAUCGAUUACAGUGCCUACAGCUACUUUGAAGUGGUCACCAUUUGCGACUUGAUAAUGAUCCUCGCCUUUUACCUGGUCCACCUCUUCCGCUUCUACCGCGUGCUCACCUGCAUCAGCUGGCCCCUGUCGGAACUUCUGCACUAUUUAAUCGGUACGCUGCUCCUCCUAAUCGCCUCCAUCGUGGCAGCCUCCAAGAGUUACAGCCAGAGCGGACUGGUAGCCGGAGCGAUCUUUGGUUUCAUGGCCACCUUCCUCUGCAUGGCAAGCAUAUGGCUGUCCUACAAGAUCUCGUGUGUAACCCAGUCGACAGAUGCGGCUGUGUGAAGAGGCCACAGCAUCCAGAGGCUCUGCCCGAAGCAGAGCCCAGCAGAUGGAGGACCAGUGACCCCAGGCAAGGCUUCUGGACCUGUGUUCCUGUGCCAAAGUCCUACUCGGGCGGGUGGGCACUAGGAAGGGACCUCCAUCUGCCUCCUGUUCUUCGAAGAAGCUGGUUCCCUGAGCUCCUGAGCUGGCCGGAGUGGGGGCUUCUUUCUCCAGUCUUCCUUGGAGAACAUUGCUCCUCUCCUGGGAAAGGAAAGCAGUCUCAAGGGAAAUCUGGUCUCUUCCUUCCUGCCUUCUGAACCAUCUCAGGUACUGAUGACCCCAUUUAACACAACAGGGGUCUCUGACUACUUCUGCCCCAUAUUCCUCCACGGGAGUGAAGCUGCCUUAAAUUCUCUUAUUAAACAAAGCCACCUCCUUAUUUAUCUAGCUUGGCAUUCUGGUCUUAAAGAUGCCCUCUCCUUACAAUGAGGCGUGCCUGUAGAAACACCUUCCCCUGCCUCUGUCACCAUUGUGUGUGUGUGUUUGUGUGUUUUUAAUAAAAUAUUGACUUGGCCAAUUGCA